UUCAAUGUUUAGUAUCUCGAAUGCUGAUCUUAAUCUCGUCACUCGGUCCAAUUCUUGGUUUUUACGGGAAUAAUAAUUUUCCAACGGAAGCCGAUAUAGAUGAGGCGUUCCGUUUGACAUCAUGGUUCAACAACGACACUUCACGAGAUAUGAUCAUAAAAUACCUUAUUUUGUGUCCAGAACAGGACAUGUGUCUUGGGCCGAUGUUUAAACGAAACUACACUUUCACCCAACAACCCGCCUGUACACCGUGUGAAUGCGACGAUUCCUGCGUUAGACGAUCCACCUGCUGUCCCUCCAAGUUCUACAGACAGACGGACACUCCAGACUUCAUUGAAUAUCAACGGAAUGUUAACGUUAAAGAGAAUGAACCGCUUAUGUCAUGCAUGGAGCCCAUGUGGAAUCCAACAGGAAUCAGGUCCGGGACUUCGUACUGGAUGGUGCAAUCGUGUCCAAAUGAUGUUGAAUGUAUAUCACCACCCUCUAAAAACAUAUCAAUUAAUACUCCAGUUACGUCUUUGGUUACUCAUAAGACCUAUCGUAAUGUAAAAUGUGCAUUAUGCAACUUUGAACAAAAAUCCAAACUAGUUGGUUGGGAAAAGAAAAAGUCAUGCAGUGUUCGAUCUGCUCUCUUCACCGAGGAAGACACCGAUGUUUUCUAUCAGUUAGUCUUUUCCGCGUCACCGAUUUGCAACAUUGAAUUUUAUCCCACCACAUCUUAUAAGGAUGUUGUCCAAUCAUGUGUUGCAUAUACAAAUCACGGUAAAUGCAACAAGUUAAAUAUUCAGAGAAAAAGAGCUAGUUCUUAUCUCACCACAGCAUGCAGGGAGUUUAACUUACCAUACUUCUUAGGAGACAAUGUGUACAAAAACAUAUACUGUGCAUUAUGUGAGCAUCAAAUUACAAAUCUUCCUAUUCAGUAUAAUUUAGAAGAACUGCAUAACAAUGAAAUCCCGACAUCCUUUUCGGCACUUAUUGAUUUAAAGAAGAUUUCAGAUGAACCCAUAACGAAGAAUGAUUUAGAGUGUGAAAAAAAUCAAAUUAAGGAUACUAAAAUGAACAUGUGCCUGGAUAUUCACUGCGAAGCGGAAUACAUGUAUCACAACCGAUCUUGCAGUCUUGUCCACCAAAUGGUUAACGAAAACAAUUACGAAAUGAAUCUUAUUAUAUCUCCCGUUGAUGAAAAAGAUUUACCUCCAAUUGAUAUCUAUUUAAUAAGUAUUGAAGAGUCAUUGACAGACAUCAUUAGGCACAACAAUUUGGAUCGUUUUGUAUGUAGGAUUUCAUAUUUGAUUCCAUCUGAAUCAGAUAGGGUUUACAUAGCAGUCGUGAUCGAACUUUCUUUUGACUACCUUCACAAUAUUGAUCAAAUGAUCGAGCACUUACUAGAAAUAUUCAACAGCUACCAUCUGUUUGAAAUUCCAAUUUUGGAACCACUUGAAAAUAAUAUAAAUGUGUCAUUAACACCUGUAGGACAACGCUUUCAUAGUUAUGGUAGCAAGUUAUUUGAAAAACAUUGCGAUAAUCGUUUUUUUGUUAAUCCAAUGGAUGGGAAAGAGAUGAAGUUAUAUCAAUGUAUCAGUAUGGUGCCUUACAGACAUGAUCAACGGCACCCGUAUUGUUCAAGUAGCCAUAUGAUGUCUAUAGUAGCUGACUGGUACCGUUGUCCCAAAGUGAAAAUAAAUUCAGCAGAUGCAAGACUUCAUGUAUCAAAUUUUUCGGUAUGUCUUUUGGAUUAUCAAACGUGCAUAGCCUCAAACUAUUUCAAAGAGUCCUUAGACAAACACAGUGUUUUGAUAUGCUUAGAACAGUAUCUUCAGGCUACUAAAGUUAUCAAAAGUAAUCUACCUGCAUCUGAUGAUAACUUGAUGGCUUCUUUUUCCUUAGUUUGUCUUUCUCUUUCGUCCUUCGGUUCAUUAGCAACAAUCUUUACUUUUCUUGCAAGUAAAUCGUGCAGUCAAAGUGCUGAUGUCAACAUCAUAAUUCUGGCAGUGUUUCUAUUUUUGGCCAAUACAGCUCGCGUUGUAUCUCAGCUUUUUGUCUUGAGUCAAACCAUGUGUAUUUCGGUUGGUAUGUUAGUACAUGUUUGCUGGCUUUCUGUUGUUUGCUGGAUAAGUUUAUCUGUUUUUCAAAUGUUUCAUUCAUUUAAGUCUUUCUGCAUUAUGAAAUUGAAAGACAUCUCCAGGGUUUUAUAUCGAUUGAUAGUGAAUUUGAUUAUAUGUUCAUCAUUGGUAGCUAUCAACGUAACCUUUAGUUAUGUAACAAGUAAUGGAGACAACCUGGGCUAUUCUAUUCAUACCUGCUAUAUCACUUACUCCGAUAUGAUUCUGUACACUUUUGCUCUACCUGUGGGAUUGUUGAUAAGUUUUAAUAUGUUAAUGUUUGCGGCCACGGUGUGUAGAAUUCCUAAAAGGGUAGACAUUCAAGUGUGGAAAGAUGAUCAAAAAAUGGAAACAUAUUUCCGGCUUUCUAAUAUUACUGCCGCAACAUGGAUGUUUGCAUUUUUGGCGCAGUUCACUGGAUUUCAGUUGUUUAAUAUUGUGCAUACUGUUUUAAAUGGUUGUCUAGGGUUUUUUCUUUACUUAGCCUUUGGACAAUCACUUACGACAAAACACAUUUAUAAGAAAGAAUCCAAGCAUUCAACCCAAACUGAUUCUCAGAAAUGAAACGUAUAAAGGAUAAACAUGCGCUCUUUAAGGAAUGGUAUGGUGGCAUAUUUCCGACACGUACAUGUAAGAUAAAUUAUGUCAACAUGCAGAAAAUAAUGUCUACAUGCAAGAUAAUUAUGUCAAUAUGCAAUAUAAUUAUGUUAUGUUAUGCAAGUUUCAACUCCUUUAAGAGAAUCUGAUUUUUAUAUUGGUAAAAUAGCUUACUUACGCCCGUAUCUGACAUCAUAGAUACAAGAUGCAACAGAAUUAUAACAUCUAUGAUGUGAUGCUUCCUUUGUUGUUGAAAUCAGAUUUUAAAAAAAAUCGUGUUUAAUCAUUUUGUCGUACAUUAUUGAAUUAGAUUCAUAAGGUAGAGAUCUUACACAAUUCUUUCUUUGAAAUCAUGUAAUAAAUAUUUCUUAAUAAUAGUGAUAAAGAUUUCUCAAUGUAAAAUAAAUGGUUUUUUCUUCAUUAAUAUGGGAACUAAUAGUUACAAUACCCGUCUUAAAAUCAAGUGUCCUGAAGAGGAAAAGGAAAUGAUCGACCAAGGCUUUGUGAUUCUCGACUUUAAAGACACUCGUCUAUUCAUAGAAGCAUACCAUAUAUAAAUUGUAUUUUUUAUACUACAAGAAAUUUUAAAUAGAUUUUGUUUAUUAUCAUGUUGUUAGUAAUAAUUAGUUAGAUUCAAAUCAAGUGCAAAAAUCAAACAAAUGUUGAUUCCAACUUUUAAAAAAUUCGUUGUUUAUUGAAUUGUAUUUAUUUUUAUGUGUAAUAAAAAAGCAUGACAUGUGCAGAAUGAAAUAAUUUUCCGUAAGGGGUGGGGUGGGACGAAAUGAUAAUUGUGUUUGCCGGGAGAAAGAGGUCCAAGGCCUAUUUUCGGUUAUUUCAAUAUAUAUAUUUGUGAAUUGAAAAAAUUGAAAAAUGUCUUAACACCCCCCCCCCC